UCUAGCCCAUUAGUCCAUUUAGGAAUUGUUCCAGAAACAUUCCUUUAUAAUUACUCAUUAUUUUUUAUUUUUAUUUUAUUUUUAUUUUAUUCCUUGCAUUCCAACCGAAACCCCCCAAACUCAAACCCAAACCCAGACCCUCAUCCCAUCCCUUCCUUGCAAACAUUGGACCGCUGCACCGCAUUACCAGCCUAGGCUUCUCUUCCUCCCUCCUAUCACCGCCCAAAGCCCUACGCGCUACGCGGCCACGUUCCCCCAAUCCCAAUCCGUCGCCUACACCGACUUAGCUGUCCGCAUAUAUCAACCAUCAUUCCCCCUUCCCUCUUCCUAAUUGACCCAAUAUGUCAUCUACUUCUGCAAACGUAAACAACAAUCCAACUCCGGCACAGGAAGAGUUCGAAGACUUCCUUAACAAAAACACUGAGAAAGGAUCGCGGGUACAUCCAGAGGACCGAGAAGAUAUUCGGAGAGAGACCGAACACAGUGACGGCGACGAUAUCGAAGACGAAGAGGAUCGACAUCGCAACGCCCAGAUAGAAGCCGCAAUGCGUGUCCCUACCCUGACAGGCGACGUGAAGUUGCCUCCGGCUAGUUUCGACUCGGGUCGUAGUACUGGUGUGAAGGGCGUCAUCGCCGACGCCCGCGCCUACGAACAGGCUCGUCAAAGCAAGUGGCGGAAUAGGGUUCGCGCCGCUCGGCAAUCUGUAUUCGGGAGAGGCCAGACACCUCGGACUACAGGUUCGCAAAGUGGUGAAAGUGAAGAGGACGAGGACGAGGAUGCCUUUCUACAACAAUGGAGAGAAUCGCGAAGGCAAGAGCUUGAGAGGGACGCGAAGAACAACAUACGCAACAGGAGAACAAGCCCAAGUCUAAGGAUGUUUGGGCGCUUAGAUACCGUCGACGCGCUAGGAUACUUGGACGCCAUCGAGAAAGUGGGGAGGGAGACGGUUGUUGUCGUAUUCGUUUAUGAUCACGAGUGCGAAGUAUCGGGUCUCAUCGGAUCAGCCUUACGACCACUUGUUACUGCCCAUCCCGAGGUUCAUUUUGUCAAAGUCCAUUACGAGGAUAUCGAAUUUGAUAAUGCCGCUGUACCUACGGUUUUAGCAUACAGAAACCAGGGCGACUUAUUCGCAAACUUGACUGGUAUCAUUGAUAUGAUACCUGAUGACGAGGACUUCGACAGCGAGUCACUAGAGAGGAUUUUCAAGAAGCAUAGCAUCAUCUAAAUCCCAUUCGGCUGAGUCUUGCGAGCCCGAAUUGGCUUUCGUCGUGUUUGAAUCUCAGGUAUAAUACGUACUACUGAUUGCUUCACUACCAACCCUGGCUGGUUUGGAAGUUAGGUACCCAUAUAUCGAGAUUAUGUCAUAUUACCUGCUAUGGGCACAUACGAAAAAUCGACUCUUCUGAGAUCCUGCUCUUCCACGCCUAGGGGCAACAUAGCUCUACCCUUACUACCUGGUCGCUCAUUGUUGCGUGGCCAUUUAGUUGGUGGUCCCGCACAGAGCUAUUAAAUCAGACACGGCUCCCCAAUUUCUAUAAGAUUUCGAGAAUGUGGAUGGCAGAAAUGAUAGCUGUGGCAACGAUAGUAAUGAUGGAAUUAAUGAGAAGUGGACGACUGAUGUCGUUAUGCUUAGUAGGGUGAGGGUUCUGGAGCCGAUGCUUCUAUAUGAUAUCCCGUUGGCGUUACAAGGGUGCAGGAGUAUUGGACGGGCGGGUGGCAUAGAUUCGGUCUGAAGCAGCUUCAUUAGCUGAACAUAUAUCUCAUGCCUUGGUUUCUUGACCAAAUGCUUUUGGUUGGUAGUAGAUGUUUAGGAGUUCUAAUAGUACUAUUCUGUAACUUAAUAUUACUAACUAUGGUACAUCCACGAAUAUCCUGA